GGGCCCCGCACCGCACCGCCCGGCACUACGCGGCACAGCAGCUAGGCUCGGCGCGGCGGGGCAGCUGGGGUGCCAGGGGCAGGAGCCACCGCCACCCUGAGCUGAGAGAGCUCCGGCCCGGUGGGGAAUUGGAGGUCCAGGGUGGUUAAGUGACUUGCCCAAGGUCACAGCUUGACAGAAGUCAAGGUGGCAGCAGCCGCCAGCGAGUUUGUGCCAUCUGCCUCUUUCCAUCUCUGCACCAGGCUGUGUUAAAUGGCUGAUAAGCAGAUCAGUUUACCAGCCAAACUGAUCAAUGGAGGGAUUGCGGGGCUCAUUGGGGUCACUUGUGUAUUCCCCAUCGACCUGGCUAAGACAAGGCUCCAGAACCAGCAGAAUGGACAGCGCAUCUACACCAGCAUGUCAGACUGUCUCAUCAAAACUAUCCGCUCUGAGGGCUACUUUGGCAUGUAUAGAGGUGCUGCUGUAAAUCUAACCCUGGUCACACCGGAGAAGGCCAUCAAGCUUGCAGCCAAUGACUUCUUCCGCCACCACCUUUCCAAGGAUGGGCAGAAGCUGACCCUAUUGAAGGAGAUGCUGGCUGGUUGUGGGGCUGGCACGUGCCAAGUGAUUGUCACCACCCCCAUGGAGAUGCUCAAGAUCCAGCUCCAGGAUGCAGGGCGCCUUGAGGCUCAGAAGAAGAUGCUGGAGACACAGGCCAACCUCUCAGCCCAGGGUGGUUCCCAAUCUGUGGUGGGGUCUACUACCCCUGCCCGCCCUACAGCCACCCAGCUGACCCGAGAGCUAUUGAGAAGCAAGGGCAUUGCAGGGCUCUAUAAGGGGCUGGGCGCCACACUGCUCAGGGAUGUCCCCUUCUCCAUUGUCUACUUUCCUCUCUUCGCCAACCUCAAUCAGCUGGGCCACUCGGAGCCAGGAGCCAAGUCGCCGUUCUAUGUGUCUUUCCUGGCGGGCUGUGUUGCUGGGAGCACAGCUGCUGUGGCUGUCAAUCCCUGUGAUGUGGUUAAGACCCGCCUCCAGUCACUGCAGCGCGGUGUGAAUGAGGACACCUAUUCAGGCUUCUUGGACUGUGCCAGGAAGAUUUUGAGGCAUGAAGGCCCGUCAGCCUUCCUCAAGGGCGCCUACUGCCGGGCCCUGGUCAUUGCCCCACUCUUUGGCAUUGCCCAAGUGGUCUACUUUGUGGGCAUCGGUGAGGCCUUGCUGGGACUACUCCCAGGUCACCGCCACGACUGAACCCCGUCCAGUUCCCAGCCUGGCCCCAGCCCCCAUCCAUCACCCUCUGGGAGACCCCACCCUAGAGUUACAGGAAAAAAACCCUGGAAGGAGAGACCUCGAUGUUGGGGGCAAUAUUACCCCGAGUGUCCUUGGUGUGGCAGUGGUGGGAGGAGGCCAUGGUGCAAGCCCUCCCCCUCCUAUAGAGACUGGGAUCAAUCUUUUAUUUAUGCAGAAGAGACCAUUACAUUCCUUAGUCCCCUGCCCCGACUCGGGCUGGGGAGGGGGCCUCAGACACCUUGUGGGGCUUCUUCUCCUCCCCCUCUCUGAGCUGGCCUCAGCCUGGGGGGGGGCCCUACCUGGUGGGGUCCCAGGGCAUGGGAACCCCUCCUCAGUCUUAGCUCUGUGGAGAGGACCAGGCCCAAAGCUAUUUAUUAAGAUACCAGAGCCCUGAGAAGGAGCAGCAUGGACUGGGGCGGGGGAAGGGAAGGCCGGGCUCUGGACCAUAGCACCACCCCCACCCCCACCCCCACCCCCAGCUGUCGACGUGUCGGUCCAUUCCCUUGCCUCUAGUCCAUUUGCUGUCCUAGGGGGAUGGGGGGGGGCAUGUCUUAGCUUCUCCCUUCCCCACCAAUCAGGGUCUCUAAGGCAUUUUGCUGCUCUGAGCCUCCUGGCUUUCCCCUGGGACCCCUAACCAGGACCCAGGAUUUGGCUGCCAGAGCCCCUUGCUCCUCUUUCCUUUCCUACUCUGGUGAGGCCUUCUGGCCUCUCCUGGAGGAGAUUUUGGCUGGGCAUGGCCUAUUCCCACUACACCCCCUCUGGCUCAGAGCGAGGAGAAGUCUGGCUGGGGUCCCUGGUGGCAUCAUGGGAGGGAAGGGUGACUCUGAGCUUCGAGGACUCAACGGCAGAGUUAUUUCCCCCAUCCUCCUGGAGGCCCUAAGAGGGCCGGGCCGAAAAAUGGUUGGGGGGAGGGGCUCCCAAGAGUUUCUGUGUGAAGUUCUGUGUAGUGUUGGCUUAUUCUUGUGUCUGACUAUAGUUGUGUGUGUGCGUGUGUAUGUGUGUGUGUGUGUGUUGGGGAAGGGAAGCAAAGCCACAGGAUCCCCAAGUGGCUAAGAACCCAGGGAAGAGGCUUCAGGGGCCUGAAAGGACACCUGGCCUCCCCCAGCCUUGACCUGACUCUUGGGGCAGUGACUCUGCAUCCCAAGGGAGUUGGGUGGGGCCACCCUGAGCCCUGCCCCCUUAUUCCCUGCUCUCUCUGGAUUCCUACUAGGGUCUGGUAGUAUCCUCCCCUUCCCUAGCCCAUGGCCCCAUACCAAUUGGUGCCCCUUAGGAGAGUCUGGUCACCUGGUUCUCCCGGGGAACAGGGGCGGGGCGCUUCUUGGGGAGUCAUUGUGGGGCCCUGACUAGAUAGACUUCAGAAGUUCCAGGGCAGCUCUCUCUCCACCCAACCUAAUCCAACUAGCUUAAGUAGCCCCUCCACCAAAAAGAAGGGCGAGCGCUUGGUGAUCACCUGGUGUGAGGUGCUGUGCCUGUCCCCUGGAUGCUUGGGAGGAGCUGGGGGAUGGACCUCUGUGACACUAAUUUAGGCCCAGGAGGCCACUCCCGAGGCUGACCGCCAGGGGGCGCUGUUGCUGAUCAGCUGGGCCUCCUCCAGCUCUCUGCCCCUUUUACCCAUUGGUUGUAGAAUCAAAUCUUGGACAAAGCUGCUGCUUACAGAAGUAUAUUUUUUUUCCUUCUGAACAAGAGUUUUAAAAAGUUGUAAAUUUUGUGUCUUGUCAUGUAAUAAGAGAAUAAAGAAGAAAAUAUUCUAA